CCAACAUGGAAUGGUGCUGGGUGGGACUGCUUGUGGUCUGUGUCACCCCGGCCCUCAUUUAUAUCCAUUGUCACUGCAGUACCACAGAGCUCUGUGACACGUUCCUCUCAACUCCCUGUAGUCAGAUGGAUGGUGAGGACAUGUGUCAGAGGGGAUGGUUUGGUCUGUACUGUCAGAAACAAAAUAUUGCUCUGCGAAGCUCGUGUAGUCAGAGUAGUAAUCUAUACAAUAAUGCAAACGAUUAUGGAGCAGGACUGGGUGUUGACGGCAGAGCCACAACAGAUGCCCAUCGCUCUCCAUUGACAUGUGCUCAUACAAUGAUUGAGACAAAUCCCACCUGGACUGUGAACCUGAACACUUCAGUUCUAGAGAAGAUACAACACAUCAGGCUUUAUCUACGUGGCGACGACUGUGAGUUCAUCCAUACGAUUAAAAUGGUAGUGGUAGUGUCAAACGGUGCAAGCAAAUGA